AAUUUACAGUUAACUUUCGUUCAUAGUAAACCUAAAAUAAAUUAUUUUCUUUCAUUUUCUUCUAGGGGAAAAUUUGCAGUGGUCAAAAAAUGUGUAGAAUUGGUGACCGGAAAAGAAUAUGCAGCAAAGUUCCUGAGAAAGCGCAGGAAAGGGGAAGAUUGCCGCAAUGACAUCAUCAAUGAGAUUUCUGUAUUGGAAAUGGCCCGCUUCUCACCCUAUGUGGUGGAUCUUCAUGAGGUCUACGAGACAAACAGCGAAAUCAUCCUGGUCAUGGAAUAUGCGGCAGGUGGUGAAAUCUUCAAUCAGUGUGUAGCAGAUCAAGAUGAAGCUUUCACGGAAAAGGAUGUCAUCCGGCUCAUCCGCCAGAUCCUCCAUGGAGUGUUUUAUCUUCACAGAAAUAACGUUGUCCACUUAGACUUAAAGCCACAGAAUGUCUUACUUACCUGCAGCAAUCCACUGGGCGACAUCCGUAUUGUAGACUUUGGCCUCUCCAGGCACGUGGAUACCAUUAAGGAGAUUCGAGAGAUUUUGGGGACACCAGAGUAUGUAGCUCCGGAAGUGCUCAGCUAUGAACCGAUCAGCACAGCAACUGAUAUGUGGAGUAUUGGAGUACUGACAUAUGUCAUGCUUACUGGAGUGUCACCAUUCUUGGGAGACAACAAACAGGAGACAUUCCUGAAUAUCUCACAAGUGGCCACCGAGUACCCCCAGGAGGAUUUUGAGGGAAUCUCUGAACAAGCGAUUGAGUUCAUUAAGUCUCUUCUUAUCAAGAACCCAAGGUGA